AUGAACUUUUAAUAUUUAAUUAUAUCAUAUAUUUAAACAUUUCUUUAUAAUUUAUAUAGAUAUAUAAUAAUAUUUAUAAAAUACAUAUUUAUGAUAUAAUUUAUAUGCGUAUUUUUCAAAAAUUUUUUUUAUAUUACUUUUUCUGAAUUUUGGCUUUAUUAUUAUAUAUAAAAAUUAUUCAUUUUUAAAAUAUUAAUAUUAAAUUUAUAUCAAAUAUAAAUAAAAUAAAAUAAUUAUUUAAUAUAUUUUAAAUUCAAAUAUAUUGUAUAUAUAUUAUUUAUCUAUAUAUUUUAUAAUAAUAUUAUUUUUAUAAAUAAAAAAAAACAUUAAAAUAUAUAAUUUAAAUUAGUAUUUUUUAUUUAUUUUUAAUUUAUUAUAAUAUAUUUAUUUUAUAAAAAAACUGUUAUUAAAAAUAUUAAUUAUUUUAUAAAUCAUUAAUAUAAAUAGCUUAUUUUUUUUGAUAAAGUUUUAAAAAGAAAAAUAUAGUAAAAAUAUUAUUUUAAUGCAUUUGCAUAUUAUAUAUUCAUAUUUAUAUAACCAUUUUCAAGAAUGCUUAAAGAAUUUCAUGCAAGCCCAAUUAAAAUAAAUAAAUAAAAUACUAACAAAUAAACUUAAAGGUAAAUUAAAUACAUAAUAAUCAUCUUUUUAAAUAAAAUCUAUUAAUUUUUAAUUUACAGAUACACAAGCUAUACGCAUAAACAUAAAAUAAGUAAUAGUUGUAAAUAUUAAAAAAGAAAAUAAUAUCAAAAUAUAUCCUACUACGCAUGAUAAGCUUUGAUUCUCAUCAGAAAAUAUAUUUAAGUAUGUUCUAUUUUCAUAAUUUAUUACAUGACCACUUUAAGAAAAUAUAAUUUAUUAAUUCUAUAAAUUUGAAAAUUAACUUUAAAAUUUUUCAUAAUUAUCCACUAACAAUUAUUCAUUAUAUUUUUCAGGUUUUUAUUUUUAUUAAAUUAUUUAUUUUUCUAUUUAUUUCUCUAUUUACUACACCUGUUUUUUAUCUUAAAAAUAAUCAGAAUUAGAUUAUAUUUAAUUAGGAUAUAAAUUUAUAUUAUUAAAAUUAAA